UGUUCAACUGCGAGAACUCGAAGUUAAUUGCGAAGUUAAUUGAAUAAUCACCAUGCCGCCGAAAGUAAGUGGAAAAGCUGUGAAAAAAGCUGGUAAAGCUCAGAAAAACAUCAGCAAAGCCGACAAGAAAAAGAAGAGGAGGAGGAAGGAGAGUUAUGCUAUUUACAUCUACAAGGUGCUCAAACAAGUGCACCCAGAUACUGGUAUAUCCAGCAAAGCAAUGAGCAUCAUGAACAGUUUUGUCAAUGAUGUCUUUGAACGCAUUGCAGCAGAAGCGUCAAGAUUGGCGCAUUACAACAAACGUUCUACCAUUACAUCCCGUGAAAUUCAAACUGCUGUGAGACUUCUGCUUCCUGGAGAAUUAGCAAAACACGCAGUUAGUGAAGGCACCAAAGCAGUUACCAAGUAUACCAGCUCGAAGUAAACAGUACAAAAAUUGUUUCAAAUAAAAAUCGGUCCUUUUCAGGACCAACAAA